AUGUAUUUCUGGAAAAAAAAACAGGCAUCGCGAGUCUGCAGCUAUAGACGAUCGGAGACAUCUGACAAGGCAAAUCAACCUGACAACGUGGCAAACAAUCAAAAUCAGCGUUACAAGACACUAGACACCGCCUGUCCGCGUGACAAGAAACCAGACCCCGUCAUUCAGCGUGACAAAACACCAGACCUCACCAGUCAGCGUGACAAGACACUAGACACCGCCUGUCCGCGUGAUAAGACACCAAACCCCGCCAUUAAGCGUGAAAAGACACCACACAUCGCCAUUAAGCAUGACAAGACACUAGACAUCGCCAUUAAGCGUGAUAAGACACCAGACACCGCCAGUCAGCGUGACAAGACACCAAACCCCGCCAGCAGUCAGCGUGACAAGACACUAGACACCGCCAUUAAGCGUGACAAGACACCAAACCCCGCUAGUCAGCGUGACAAGACACCAAACCCCGCCAGUCAGUGUGACAAGACAACAAACACCGCCAGUCAGCGUGACAAGACACCAAACCCCGACAGUCAGCGUGAAACGGCACCAUACACCGCCAUUAAGCGUGACAAGACACCAGACACCGCCAUUAAAUGUGACAAGACACCAGACACCGCCAGUCCGCGUAAAAAAACACCGAAUACCACCAGUCAGCAUGACAAGGCACCAAACACCGAAAGACAGCUUAACAAGUCAUCAAACACCGCCAGUCAGCGUGACAAGACACCAGACACCUCCAUUCAGCGUGACAAGACACCAAACACCGCCAAUCAACGUGACAAGAUACCAGACACACCAGACACCGCCAGUCAGCGUGACAAGAUACCAAACACCACCAGUCAGCGUGACAAGAUACCAGACACCGCAAGCAAACAAUACAAAAGAAAGGAUCAAGAAAUGGGAAUUCCCUUAAAAAAGAGAAAAGUAUGUAUUGAUGAAAACGAAGAUGCUGUAAUAUGUCCCGUAGAGACGAGUAGCAUCAUAUCAUUUGACCCGGUAGGUCAUACUUAG